GGUGUUGUCUUGACUUGUAUCAGGAAUGGCGUUCCCCACGCCACAACACAAUCCCCCCGGAGUUCAACGCACUGCCUGAAAGAUUGAAAUCAAUACAAUACGAAACCAGAUCGAUACAGAGUUGUCAACAAAAUACCAUAUAUUAUUACCCCUUUCAUCAGAGUUGGAGCAGAACAAAACUAUUGUUGAGCAAUAUGUCCUUCUCCAAAUUCUCUGCAACACAAUUCAUACUUCUCGCUCUGUUUCUAUUUCUGAGUUUAACAAGUGAAGCAUCUCCUAUUUUCAGCACCAACGCCUGUACAGACUCAGUCACUUACAAGCCCAACGGCACAUUUGAAUCCAAUUUGAACGUCCUCCUAUCUGUUCUUACCUCCAACGCCUCCCUCCACGACGGUUUCUACCGUACCACCUUGGCUCAGGGCACUCCCUCCAUCAUCAACGGCCUUUUCCUCUGCCGCGGCGAUGCCACCCCCGACCUGUGCCAUGAGUGCGUAGCCGACGCCGCCAAAGAGAUAAGACGCCAGUGUCCCAACCAAACGGAGUCUAUCAUCUGGUACGAUGUUUGUCUUCUUCGCUACUCGAACAACUCCUUCAACAACAUCGUCCCUUCCACGCACUUGUCGGAUAACGGCAGUAUAUCUAGCGCUGAACAGGGUCAGUUCGAUCAAUUGUUGUCAAACAUGUUGCAAAAUUUGACGGCAGAAGCUAAAGAUUCCCAGACGGGGAAGAAAUUCGCUGUGGGACAAGUAAACCUAACGUCGUCACAAACGUUGUACGGCCUAGUACAGUGUUACCCUGACCUGACGUCUUUUGAUUGCAACAUGUGUCUCCAAGGAGCCAUUGGAAAUCUGCCAAAUUGCUGUAGCAACAAGAAGGGGGCAAGCGUUCUGUUUCCAGCAUGUAUCAUUAGAUAUGAACUCUACCCAUUUUACAACAUAACCUUGACAUCACUACCAGUUCCUCCUCGAUCAGGAAAAAGCAAUAUCUCAGUAAUUGUUGCGACUACUGUGCCGAUUGUUGCUUCUGUGACACUUUUUGUUGCGGCUUGCUGUUUCCUCCGUAAGAGGGCUGGCAAGAACAGGAAGUAUACUUUCACGGAAGAUGACCUUCGAAAUGAUCUUACCGACAUAGAGUCUCUGCAAUUUGAAUUGGCAACAAUAGAAGCUGCAACGAAAGGGUUCUCAGAUGAGAACAAGAUUGGUCAAGGUGGAUUUGGUUCAGUUUAUAAGGGUAUCCUCCCAAACGGACAGGAGAUUGCAGUGAAAAGGUUGUCGGUAACCUCCUUGCAGGGUGCUGUGGAAUUUAAGAAUGAAGCUGCUCUUGUGGCCAAGCUUCAGCACAGAAAUUUAGUGAGGCUAUUGGGAUUUUGCUUGGAGGGCCAAGAGAAGAUACUCAUUUAUGAAUACAUCCCAAACAAAAGCCUUGAUCACUUCCUAUUUGAUUCUGAAAAGAAAGGAAUGCUUGAUUGGUCAAGACGUUAUAAGAUCAUAAUGGGAAUUGCUAGAGGAAUUCUUUAUCUACAUGAAGAUUCUCAACUUAGAAUAAUACAUCGUGAUCUCAAAGCAAGUAAUGUUUUAUUAGAUGACAACAUGAAACCAAAGAUUUCAGAUUUUGGCAUGGCAAAAAUCUUUCAUGGAGAACAAACUCAAGUAAAUACGGGAAGAAUAGUUGGAACCUUUGGUUAUAUGUCUCCAGAGUAUGCAAUGCGCGGGCAAUUUUCUGUGAAAUCAGAUGUGUUUAGCUUUGGUGUCCUAGUUUUGGAGAUUGUUACUGGCAAGAAGAACACAGACUUUUAUCAAUCACAGCAAGCCGAUGACCUCUUAAGCUAUGCCUGGACAAACUGGACACACAAAACACCUUUGGAGUUGGUGGAUCCAACACUGGGAGGUUCAUAUUCAAGAAAUGAAGUCACAAGAUGCAUUCAUAUUGCCCUGCUCUGUGUUCAGGAGAAUCCUUCUGAUAGACCUUCAAUGGCAACUAUAGCACUUAUGCUCAGCAGCUACUCUGUUACUUUGUCACUACCUCGACAGCCAGCAACUUACAUGCGCAGGACACCAAACAGGCAAAAUAAUGGUGUUGAUUCUGAUCAAUCUACCUCUUCAAUCCUAUGGUCUACAAACGAAGCAUCUAUUACAGAAUUGUACCCCCGAUAACAGGUUUUUCUUCCAUCAAGUGUCAGCUUCAGAACAAAACAAGCAAGGUAGACAGACUUAUUAUAUGCGAUCUCAAUUACUUUCUUCUAGGAUGACGUUAACCGGCUAAUUCUGCUGGCGAUAUCAUUCUGAGGAAUUAGAUUCUAGAAGCUGAGCCGAGUGCUAUCCGCAGUGCGAUUUACUUGUUGGGAUAAUCUCAUUACCUUCAGUUUUGUUAUAUAUUAUUUGAAUUUUAGAGUAAUAGUAAAGUCUCUUGAUUUGCUUGAUCGGGCCUGUUCCACAAUUCAGACAUAAUGCAGAAGUUUUUGUUGUCUCUAUACAAGAGUUCAGAGACUAGAAAUGCUAUGGCCUUGACCUGA